AUGGAAGGCAUUCGUGCGCUGCUUGACCAGCUGAUGGGUCCAGACAGAAAUGGGGAUCAAAAGCCAAGAGAGGUUACAAGCUUUAAGGAUAGUCGAGUUUGUAAGUCCUAUUUAUUGGGAUUCUGUAUCCACGAUGUUUUGGCCACUUCAAAGUAUGAUUGCGGUCCUUGUAGCAAAAUUCACGAUCCUCAAUUAAAAAAAGCCUUCGAGCAAGAUCCUAAGCGAGAUAGCUAUGGUUACGAGGCUACUUUACUUUCUGAACUACAGGAGGAAAUUCGUCAGUGCGAUCGCAGAAUCAAUAAUGCCGUUAUUCGCUUCAAGACUGAUGGAGUUGACAAUCUUAUGAAAAUGGAGGAGUUCAGAGACGUUAAAAUGUACGCGGAAGGUAUUGAUAAGUUAGAAGAGGAGGUUGAAGAGCUGAAAAAGAUGGGGAAAACGCAGCAAGCGGAGGAGCUCGAGUCCAAGAUUGCUAGCCAAAUUGAGAUCAAAGCAAGUCUUCAAGCGGCUCAUCUCAAAGAAGAGCAGGAAAAACUGCCUCCUGAGAUCCAAGCGACAAAUGCAACCCCAGCACAAAAGACUCGAAUCUGCAACAUCUGCGGCGGUAUGCUGUCCAUUUUUGAUGUCGAUCAACGGCUGGCCGAUCACUUCAUUGGGAAAUCGCAUGUGGCUUAUCUCGCAAUUCGCAAGAAGCUGAGCAAGCUGCAGGAAAUGCAUUUAUCGGCAAAACCCCAAGAGAGUUCUUCCUCUUCUUCGCACACAGCCCAUCGAGAAGAAAACAAAGAAUCGCAUCGAGAAUCGAGCCAUUCUCGAAGUCGCCAUCAUGACUCCCAUCGAGACGAUCAUCACAGUAGUAGUCAUCGUGACGAUCGUCGAAGUGAUCGUCAUCGUAGUCGUAGUCGUAGUCGAAGUCGUAGUCGAAGUCGUACGCAUGAUCGAAAUCGUGAUCGUGAUCGUGAUCGUGAUCGUGAUCGUGAUCGUGAUCGUGAUCGUGAUCGUGAUCGAGGAAAAGAUCGAGAUCAUGGUCGGGAACGAAGUCGAAGCAGUCGUCAUCGUAGUUAUCAUUGA